CUUGUGGAGUACAGCACAUGCUGAAAGCCUCUUAUCUUCUACAGCUGAGGUAUCCCUUGCUUUUCAUCACCCUCUGAUUUUUGUCUUCUGCGGCUGGAUUUUUGGCAGUGUUUAGCUUAAACAAAUAGGAUUGCAUUUCAGUAGCUGAUGGUUUCUAGUUGAGGAACAUACUAAAUGUCGGACGUAAUGAAGACUGUACAAAGAAAUAUUUCUGUGAAGCACAGGAAAAUUAUUCGAGCCGAGCAAGGGAAGAAGACAUUCUGCAAAUGCAAUCAGGGCUGCUAGAAAUGCAAAAUUCAACAGAUUUGGAAUGGGUUGCACUACAAGCGUGGUUCUCUUUAAAGGCAUCCGGACAGUUUUUGAGAGAAACUGUGGUUAUAUUUGCAAACUGCAAGGGGAAAACAAUGCCCUUGAAUAUACAGCAUUCAGCUUGCCAAAUGAAGAUUCAGGAAUAUUGGUUCAUUCAUCCCUGGCAAAACCAAAGCUCAUAGAACCAAUAGACUAUGAAAAUGUCAUCGUUCAGAGGAAAACACAAAUUUUGAAUGAUGCCUUACGGGAAAUGCUACUGUUCCCUUAUGAUGACUUUCAGACAGCAUUAUUGAAACGUCAGAGUCGAUACAUUCAUUCAACAGUUCCUGAAAAUGCGGAGAAAGAAGCUCAAAGCUUGUUUGUAACUGAGUGCAUCAAAACCUACAAUUCAGACUGGCACGUUGUUAACUAUAGAUAUGAAGAUUACUCAGCAGAAUUUCGACAGCUUCCAAAUAAAGGGACAAAACCGGAGAAGCUUCCAGUGCAUUUAUAUGAAGUGGAUGAAGAAGCAGACAAAGAUGAGGAUGCAGCAUCUCUUGGGUCUCAGAAGGGGGGAAUAACAAAACAAGGAUGGCUGUACAAAGGCAACAUGAAUAGUGCAAUCAGUGUGACAAUGAGAUCAUUUAAAAGAAGAUUUUUCCAUUUAAUCCAACUUGGUGAUGGAUCCUAUAAUCUCAAUUUCUACAAAGAUGAAAAAAUAUCAAAAGAACCCAAAGGAUCAAUAUUUCUAGAUUCGUGCAUGGGAGUGGUUCAGAACAAUAAAGUCAGACGUUUUGCAUUUGAGCUCAAGAUGCAAGACAAGAGUAGUUACCUUUUAGCUGCAGACAGUGAAAUUGAGAUGGAAGAAUGGAUAAACACUCUGAACAAAAUCCUUCAGCUUAACUUUGAGGCUGCAAUGCAAGAAAAGAGAAAUGGAGAAUCUCAUGAAGAUGAUGAACAAAGCAAAAUGGAAAGCUCAUCAAGUAGCUUUGAUAACUACUAUCCUGAAAUUGCCAAGAGUACCAGAGAAGCAGAAAUAAAGAUCAAAAGUGAAAGCAGAGUUAAACUUUUUGCCUUGGAUCCAGAUGCGCAGAAACUUGACUUUUCUGGUAUUGAACCAGAAGUGAAGCCAUUUGAAGAGAAGUUUGGAAAAAAAAUUCUUGUGAAGUGUAAUGAUUUAUCUUUCAAUUUGCAAAGCUGUGUUGCUGAAAAUGAAGAAGGACCAACAACAAAUGUAGAACCUUUCUUUGUCACAUUAUCACUAUUUGAUAUUAAAAACAACCGGAAGAUUUCAGCAGAUUUCCAUGUUGAUUUGAACCACACAUCAGUAAGGCACAUGAUAUCCAAUGCACCUCAACAAAUGAUGAAUGGCAGUGGUGAUAGUUCACACAGAAUUCAAGACAUUUAUGAAACAAUGUUACAAUAUCCAAAGCAGGGAAUAUUUUCAGUCACGUGUCCUCAUCCUGACAUUUUCCUCGUGGCUAGAAUAGAAAAAGUCUUACAGGGAAGUAUCACACAUUGCGCUGAGCCAUACAUGAAAAGUUCAGAUUCUUCAAAGGCUGCACAGAAAGUUUUGAAGAAUGCUAAGCAGGCAUGCCAGAGACUAGGUCAAUAUAGAAUGCCUUUUGCCUGGGCAGCUAGGACAUUGUUUAAAGAUGCCUCGGGAACACUGGACAAAAAUGCAAGAUUUUCACCUCUUUUCAGACAAGACAGUAAUAAACUUUCAAAUGAAGACAUGCUGAAAUCGUUAGCAGAUUUCCGGAAGCCUGAAAAGAUGGCCAAGCUUCCUGUUAUUUUAGGAAAUCUGGAUGUUACAAUUGAUAAUGUGUCACCAGAUUUUCCAAAUUAUGUUAAUUCAUCAUACAUUCCUAUGAAACAGUUUGAAAAUAGUACCAAGACACUAGUAACACUUGAAAUAGAGGAAUUUGUUCCCUGUAUACCAAGACACACUCAGCCUUUUACCAUCUACAACAAUCAUCUUUAUGUUUAUCCAAAGCACUUGAAAUAUGACAGUCAAAAGUCUUUUGCAAAGGCUAGAAAUAUUGCAGUAUGCAUUGAGUUCAAGGAUUCUGAUGAAGAGGAUUCUUUGCCUUUAAAGUGUAUCUAUGGUAGACCAGGCGGACCAGUAUUUACUAGAAGUGCAUUUGCUGCUGUUUUGCAUCACCACCAAAAUCCGGAAUUUUAUGAUGAGAUUAAAAUAGAAUUGCCCACUCAGUUACAUGAAAAGCACCAUUUGUUAUUCACCUUCUACCAUGUCAGCUGUGACAAUUCAAGCAAAGGGAGUACAAAGAAGAAAGAUGUUGUUGAAACACAAGUUGGCUAUUCUUGGCUUCCACUAAUAAAAGAUGGAAGAGUGGUGACAAAUGAGCAACACAUUCCAGUGUCAGCAAAUCUUCCACCAGGCUAUCUUAGUUAUCAAGAAGUGGGGGUUGGAAAGCAUUCUGGUCCUGAAAUUAAAUGGGUAGAUGGAGGCAAACAGCUGUUAAAAAUAUCCACUCAUCUGGUGUCAACUGUGUAUACACAGGACCAGCAUUUGCAUAAUUUUUUUCAGUACUGUCAGAAAACGGAAUCUGGAGCUCGUGCACUAGGAACUGAUCUAGUAAAAUAUCUUAAGAGCCUUCAUGCUAUGGAAGGCCAUGUGAUGAUAGCUUUCCUGCCAACUGUUCUCAAUCAGUUGUUUAGAGUUCUCACUAGAGCAACCCAAGAGGAAGUUGCAGUCAAUGUGACAAGGGUUAUUAUCCAUAUUGUUGCACAGUGUCAUGAAGAAGGCUUGGAUAGCUACUUGAGAUCUUAUGUCAAGUAUGCUUAUAAAGCUGAACCCUAUGUUGCUUCUGAAUAUAAGACAGUACAUGAAGAAUUGACAAAGUCCAUGACAACAAUUCUAAAGCCAUCUGCUGACUUUCUUACAAGCAACAAGCUACUUAAGUAUUCCUGGUUCUUCUUUGAAGUUCUGAUAAAAUCAAUGGCUCAGUAUUUGAUAGAAAACUCUAAAGUGAAGCUCUUGCGAAACCAGAGAUUUUCCGCUUCCUUUCAUCAUGCAGUUGAGACGGUUGUUAAUAUGCUAAUGCCACACAUCACUCAGAAGUACAGAGACAAUCCAGAGGCUUCAAAAAAUGCCAACCAUAGCCUUGCUGCCUUUAUAAAAAGGUGUUUUACUUUUAUGGACAGAGGUUUUGUUUUCAAGCAAAUCAAUAACUACAUCAGCUGCUUUACACCAGGAGAUCCAAAGACUCUUUUUGAAUUCAAAUUUGAAUUUCUCCGUGUAGUCUGUAAUCAUGAGCACUACAUACCUUUGAAUCUACCAAUGCCAUUUGGAAAAGGCAGAGUUCAGAGAUACCAAGACCUUCACCUGGACUAUUCACUAACAGAUGAGUUCUGUAAGAAUCACUUCUUAGUGGGACUGCUUCUAAGGGAGGUGGGAAAUGCAUUACAGGAGUUCAGAGAAGUGCGGCAGAUUGCUAUUAGUGUGCUCAAGAAUUUGAUGAUAAAGCAUUCUUUUGAUGAUAGAUAUGCUUCCAGGAGCCAUCAAGCAAGAAUAGCCACUAUGUACUUGCCACUCUUUGGACUGCUUAUAGAAAAUGUUCAACGGAUCAAUGUUAAAGAUGUGUCUCCAUUUCCUGUUAAUCCUUCAAGCAAUAGUGCAAAGGAUGAUGCACUUAAUUUGCCGACUGCAAAUCAACUAGUAACACCACAAAAAUCAGUAAACACAUUGGAUAACAAUCUUCCUAAAGAUCUGUUUGGUGUUAUCUCUGGCAUUGCUUCCCCGUACACCACAUCAACUCCAAAUAUUAAUUGUGUGAGGAAUGCUGACUCAAGAGGCUCUCUUAUAAGUACAGACUCGGGAAACAGUCUUCCUGAAAGACACAGUGACAAAAGCAAUUCCCUUGACAAGAACCAACAGAGCAGCACUUUAGGAAGUUCUGUUGUUCGAUAUGACAAACUUGACCAAGCAGAAAUCAAGAGUCUGCUCAUGUGUUUCCUUCAUAUCUUAAGAAGUAUGUCAGAGGAUGCAUUGUUUACAUAUUGGAACAAGGCUACAAAAUCUGAACUAAUGGACUUUUUCACUAUUACAGAAGUAUGCUUACAUCAGUUCCAGUACAUGGGAAAACGAUACAUAGCCAGGAACCAGGAGGGGUUGGGAUCCAUAGUUCAUGAUCGAAAAUCUCAGACAUUGCCUGUUUCCCGUAACAGAACAGGAAUGAUGCAUGCCAGAUUGCAGCAGCUGAGCAGCCUGGAUAACUCUCUCACUUUUAACCACAGCUAUGGCCAUUCAGAUGCAGAUGUUCUUCACCAGUCUUUACUUGAAGCAAAUAUUGCCACUGAAGUUUGCCUUACAAUUCUGGAUACUCUGUCAUUAUUCACAAUGGCUUUUAAGAAUCAACUGCUGACUGAUCAUGGGCAUAACCCACUGAUGAAAAAAGUAUUUGAUGUGUACCUCUGCUUCCUUCAAAAGAAUCAGUCUGAAACAGCACUGAAAAAUGUCUUCAUUGCUUUAAGGGCACUUAUUUAUAAGUUUCCUUCUACGUUUUAUGAAGGUAGAGCUGAUAUGUGUUCUGCCCUGUGCUAUGAGAUUCUGAAAUACUGUAAUUCAAAAUUGAGCUCCAUUCGUACUGAAGCUUCACAGUUACUGUAUUUCUUAAUGAGAAAUAAUUUUGAUUACACAGGGAAGAAAUCUUUUGUUAGGACACAUCUGCAAGUUAUUAUUUCAGUAAGCCAGUUGAUUGCUGAUGUUGUUGGAAUUGGAGGAACUAGAUUUCAGCAGUCCCUUUCCAUCAUCAAUAAUUGUGCCAAUCACGACAGAAUUAUUAAGCACACCACAUUCCCUUCUGACGUUAAGGAUUUAACAAAACGGAUUCGUACAGUACUGAUGGCUACAGCUCAGAUGAAGGAGCAUGAGAAUGAUCCAGAAAUGCUUGUAGACCUCCAGUACAGUUUGGCAAAGUCUUAUGCUAGUACACCUGAACUAAGGAAGACGUGGUUAGACAGCAUGGCAAGGAUCCAUGUUAAAAACGGGGAUCUUUCAGAGGCAGCAAUGUGCUAUGUCCAUGUAGCAGCACUGGUUGCAGAAUAUCUCACACGGAAAGGGAUGUUUAGGCAAGGCUGUACUGCUUUCAGAGUAAUCACACCUAAUAUAGAUGAAGAAGCUUCAAUGAUGGAGGAUGUUGGAAUGCAGGAUGUUCACUUUAACGAAGAUGUGCUGAUGGAAUUGUUGGAGCAGUGUGCUGAUGGACUCUGGAAGGCAGAACGCUAUGAACUGAUUGCUGACAUAUAUAAACUUAUAAUUCCCAUUUAUGAAAAACGGAGAGAUUUUGAGAGGCUUGCUCAUUUAUAUGAUACUCUUCAUCGAGCAUACAGCAAAGUAACAGAAGUUAUGCAUACAGGCAAGAGACUGCUGGGAACUUAUUUCAGGGUAGCAUUCUUUGGACAGGGAUUCUUUGAGGAUGAAGAUGGAAAGGAAUAUAUAUAUAAAGAGCCUAAACUCACUCCUCUUUCAGAAAUUUCUCAGAGACUCCAAAAACUCUACUCUGACAAAUUUGGAUCUGAAAAUGUCAAAAUGAUUCAGGAUUCUGGCAAAGUAAAUCCAAAGGAUUUAGAUUCAAAAUAUGCAUAUAUUCAAGUUACGCAUGUAAUUCCAUACUUUGAAGAAAAAGAGUUGCAGGAAAGAAAAACAGAUUUUGAAAGGACUCAUAACAUUCGCCGCUUUAUGUUUGAGAUGCCUUUUACUCAAGCUGGUAAAAGACAAGGAGGAGUAGAAGAACAGUGUAAACGACGGACCAUUUUGACAGCUAUACAUUGUUUCCCAUAUGUGAAGAAGCGCAUUCCAGUAAUGUACCAGCACCAUACUGAUUUAAACCCAAUUGAAGUAGCCAUUGAUGAAAUGAGUAAAAAAGUCACAGAACUCAGACAGCUCUGUGCUUCAGCUGAAGUAGAUAUGAUCAAAUUGCAGCUGAAGCUACAAGGAAGUGUCAGUGUUCAGGUUAAUGCUGGUCCACUAGCAUAUGCAAGAGCUUUCUUAGAUGACACAAACACCAAAAGAUAUCCAGACAAUAAAGUGAAGCUCCUAAAGGAAGUUUUUAGGCAAUUUGUUGAAGCUUGUGGGCAUGCUCUCGGUGUAAAUGAGCGACUUAUAAAGGAAGAUCAGUUGGAAUAUCAAGAAGAAAUGAAAGCCAACUACAGAGAAAUGGCGAAAGAGCUUUCUGAAAUAAUGCAUGAACAAAUUACUCCGGUUGAAGAAAAGGCCAAUGUUAUGCCCAAUUCGCUACACAUUUUCAACGCCAUAAGUGGAACUCCAACAAGCACAACAGUUCAUGGGAUGCCCAGUUCUUCUUCAGUUGCAUGAUUGUUUUGUAAAGUAUGGUGUUUGGUUUUGGGGGUUGGGGGCUUUGUUUGUUUGUUCGUUUGUUUUUUGUUUUUUUUAAAUAUGUGGAUUUGCUUCAUUGUGUGCAAGCUCAGGAUGAUUUUGAAGCUAAACGUUGGGCACGUACAAACUGCAUUAUUCAUAUGAAAGUCUGAGCACACUUAGAUAUCAAGGUAGACAGUGAUAAGCAAAUAGCAAUUACUGGUAAUAGUUUUUUAGAGUAAGUAAAGGAGGCGCACAUAUAUUUUUUAAUCUUGCUGGUAACAUUUAAAAUAUUCACAGUGUCAUCGCAAAAGUGCGUAUUGGGAAAUUAUAAUAUUGAAGUAAAUUUUUCUUUUUUGUUAGGAAGUAUUAUUAAAACGAAUUGCACAUUACAAAAAGUGUUGUGGGAUGUAAUUUUGCAGAUAUGUAACAUUCAGGUGUUCUUUUUGUGUAUGGCACAUAGAGAUUGAUUUCAAGUACAAGAACUAUUUUGGGACUAGACAGAGACACUAGUUUUUUGGGUUUAAUGGAACUGACAAUAGUAGUUUUUGUACCAUUUGGCAAAUUGUUGUGCUUUAUUUUAUACCUUGUUGCAUUUUGGAAGUACGUGAGCUUGGAUCUUACUAAACAACUAAAUACAACCAAAGGUCUGUAUUAAUGAACACGGAGUUAUUCUAAAAUAUCAAUAGUAUAGUAAACUGUUAUGUACAUAUUGUUUGUUAAUACAGUCCAUGCAGUCUGUACAUAAAUGUAUUACAUUUCUAAACAUUUUUUAAUAUUCAUACCAGCUCUUAUCAUGCUUUCAGUUUAUUGUGAAAAUUGCUCAUUCCAAGUAUACGCAGACUUUACAGUUCAUUUAUUCCUGUAUAUAAAUAAGUGCAAUAUAAAGAUGUAUACAGUCUUUGCUAUGUUAGGUUUAUAUGCAUUUAUUAAAAGAAAAAAAAAAACUUUUUUGCCAAAGCAAUGAAGUAUGUAAUUGGUGAUCAUGGUUACUGUGGUAAAUGGUGGUAUAAUUUAAAGCUUUUUCCAUAUUCUUAUUCUUUUAAGACAUUAAUUUAGUAAUUUUAUAUUUGGGGAAAAUAAAGGUUUUUAAUUUUAUUUAACUGGAAGCACUGUCCUGCUGUAAUUAAACAUUCUGUACUACAUCUAUAUUAAAAGGAAAAAAGUA